UGAGUGAAAGAGUUGUUGGUCCUUAUUUCUCAAAACAUUAAUCUAGGAGUCUCCGCCGACGAAAUGGCGGCGAGGUCGAGCGGAGACGGGAUGGAGACUCAAGAAGGCAGUGUUCUUGAGAACAAGCCACGGUCAUGGAAAAAGCCCAAGUUCGUCCCUUAUGAGCCGUACAAAGGGGCAGUGACUUCGUUCAUUCAAGACGGAAAGUCGGGUGGGCUGUGCGCGAAUAAUUUGAUUCCCAUUCCGGCGCCGAAGAUUGUUCGGAAAACAGUCAGAUCUGUUUCUUGCGCGAGCGGAAGCGAAGACGGUGCGAAGGGCUGCGUGGAAGACGUUUUGAGCAAGCUAACUAUAUCCGUGAGCGACAAGUCUUCGGAUGAAUUGGACGAAUUGAAGAAAGAGCUCAAGAUUCAACAAGAGAUCAACGCCGAGCUGAAAAACCUGUUGGUGGCGUCAAUUGGCGAAGACUGGGAAACCCGAGUGGAGAGUUUGUCCACGGAUAAAGCCAUUCUAGGAGAAUACGUGAAGAAGUAUUCCGAUAGCCUUACUCGACAAACGGAAGAAAAAGACAACAUCUCGAUCGAAUGUGACGUUUGGAAAAGCAAAUUUCUUGCGAGCAGCCUAAUGGUCGACGAGCUGGCCAGGUGUAAAGCCAUUCUGGUUUGCCGGUGCCAAGAAGCUCGGGAGGCGUUACAGGUGCUUGACGAUGAGCAUAAACGUUUCGCUGGGGAGAUAAAGCAAAUAAAUAGAAAUUUGCAAGCCUGUCAAGGAAUGGUGGACGGGGUCACCGAUAAACACCGGACGGAACCUUCUUCAGAAGACCUUAUGAGGAUCGUUUCCGAAGCCAGCAUGCGGAGCAAGUUGGUAUUGCGGUCCUUGGAAGAUAGGCGAUUGUACAACCAAGUCAGGAGUAGGACGAACUCACCGGAAGGCCGGGCCAGUAAUUGUGGACGAGAAGAUAGAAUUAGUGACACUCCGGGUCAAGUUUUGGCUUCCAAGGUUUUGAUGGACUUGCAGGAUAUGCCGUAUGUCGUGAACGAAAAUCUGAAAUCUGCAAGUGCGCUCUAUUUCCCAAUAAACAAAGCUUUUCCUUUCAAGUGCUGCUCUCAUUGUCAGGGUGACUUGAAAAUCGUAUGA